AUGAGCCUUAUUUUAAAGAAUAGUGCAGCCUUUCCAGUUUUUAAACAUUAAGAUACUUUAGCAUUUCAUCGUAAAGAGCAACCAAGCAGAACAACUAAGCGAUUUCAUACAGUUACUCCAAUAAGACAUUUGAUAUCUUAAUCAACAAGACCUAUAAAUUUAACUCAUUAAGGAGAAUCAGCUUUUGAGAGAAGUCCUAAGGAUAAACAAAAAAUAACAUUAACGCCUAGACCAACACAUAAAAAAGAUCCAAGUUUAUAAGGUUAUUUAGAACAUUUGAAUUCUGUGAGAAUAUUUCGGUCUCCUUUAGUUGGUGAUGCAACAAUCAAAAAAAUUAAAGAGGAAGUUGAAUUAUUUUAAACUGAAAGUUAAACUACAUUAUAAAGAUUUAAAUCUUUAAAAGAAUAAGGAGAUAAGCGUAAGAAAAUAAGUUUGUUGGAAACAGUACGUAAUCCUUAGGCUUAAUAAUACAAAAGGUUUACAGAAUAACUUUAUAAUUUAAUUCAUAAUCUCCAUUUAUUAAAGGUAUAUAGUUCAUUUCUAAAUUUAGGAUUAUUUAAAUAACUCAAGAAAACUAUUUUAAGUAGUAAAAAAUCAAAUUGGAAUAAGAAAAAAUCUUUAUAGAAUUCUAAUUAAUCCUCAGAAUGAAGAGCUGUAUGAAUUUUCAGAGAUUUCUCGUCUUUGUUGUAUUAGAGAUGUUCAAUUUGUUAAUGGAGAAUCAAGAGUAAUAGAAAAAUUUGAUUUAUCUUUGUUGGAUGAUUUAAUUUAUAUGACAGAUUCAAUAAAAUAGUUAUUACAAUAAAACUAAUUGAAAGCUAUAGAAAGGAUGCGUGAUAAUGUACUCUUAUUUAUUUGAAAAAAGAUUAAAGUUGAAUAAUAUGAGAUAAAUAAACUAAGAGGUUAAUUAGGAAUGCGAGAGGAAAGUCAUUAAUUAUCUAUAGGAUCUACAGCUAUGAAGAGAUUUAAACCUCAUUUAGAGUUAGAUAAUAUUGAAUCUAGAUUAGGAUAGUUAAAUUAAAUUCCUAAGUAAGCAAGAUGGACAUCUUAAUUACUUUGCGACAUUGUAGAUAGAUUAAAUGAAUGA